AUGGCUCGGCCCAGAGACUCGCGCUCACCAUCUCCUGCAGGAAGCAAUGCUGCACGACGACGGAAAGAUGAUGAGCGACGCGACCGGGACCGGGACCGGGACCGGGACCGAGAUCGGGAUCGGGAUCGGGAUCGGGAUCGGGAUCGUGACCGUGACCGCGACCGCGACGGUCGUCGCCGCUCACGCAGUCCGGAUCGUUGGCACCGCGAUCGCGACCGUGACCGCGACUACGGGCGCGAUCCCCGGGACCGCGAUUCCUAUCGUUGGAGAGACCGUUCCCUAGACCGCCGAGACGAUGAUUAUUAUCGAAGUUCCCGUCGUGAUGGCGGUAUUAAUCGUGAGCGCCAUCGAUCGCGCGAUAGAGCGAGGUCACCAGAUCGCCGAGGCCGAGACUACCGUGGCCGCCGGGAUGAUUCACGCGACCGGAGGGGUCGUCGAGAUGAUUCGGUAGAUUCCGCCUCUCGGCGAGGCGAUGAUGCUCGUCCCCGGAGCUCCAAAGACACCGUCACGGCCAAAGAUGAGGCACGUGUCGCUUCUCCGUCUCCCAGCCCAGGCGUUGGACCUAAACUAACCUGUUCCCAGGACUCUCAGCCAGCUAAGUCUACACCAACCCAAGCCCUGUCCGAGGCUGAGAAAAAGGCUGAGCGACUACGCAAACUCCAAGCCAUGAAAGAGAAGCAUGCCCUUAAAGAGGCCAAGGAGGCCGAUGUCACCUCUGGAAGCACUAGGCAACUGCUUGCUGAGAUGGACCAGAAAGUUGGUACAGCUACUAGCGCCACAGCAUCCGCGGCAAGCCCCUCAUCGGCACCAUCGAAUGUUUCCACUCCUUUCGCUGGAAAAUUUGACCCAAAGGCGAUUGCAAAAAACGCCAGAGCGACCCGCGCCCAGUCCCCCGCAAAGUUGGGCGAUGUGCCCUUGGGCGUCCCUGGCGCGAAAUCCGCUGCAACCAUAUCUGAAACAGGUGUAAAGGAAGCUGGCGGCGCGCUGCCCGCCAACAGAGCCAUUAGCGCAUUCGGAUUUGCCAAGGCAAAUGACGCUCAGAAGUCCUCGUCAAAGCGUAAGCUCGACAUGGAUGACGAGGAGGUUAUCAAGCGCAAGCUCGUUAAACUGCCCGACUUUGCUCUGGAGAAUGCUGAUAACACUCCAUAUGCUGAUGGCGACGCAGAUGAGGACGGUGAACAGGACUUAGAACUGCUCAUGGCAAGGAAUAAUGAAGAGGAUAUGGCUGAGGCUCACCGCAUUCUUCAAGAGAGACGUGACGAACGCAUCGCUCAGGAAAGCAUGGCAAUGGAUAUCGACACGGAGCCGGUCAAUGGCAAGGCCAAGGAUGAGCCCACUGCUAUGGAUGUUGAGGAAGAGGAACUCGAUCCUCUGGAUGCGUUUAUGGCCAAUCUGGAGCAAACGAAUACUGCCGAAGACCGCAUGGUCAAGCGCAGCCAAGCCCAAGCCGAGAAGAAAGCCUUCGAACCAGAAGCAUAUUUCAGCGACGACGACUACGGUUAUGAAGCCGAGAAUGCCGACCCGUCUGCUAUACUCGCCAUGGCAGCCAAGAAAAAGAAGAAGGAUAUCCCGACUAUUGACUACAGCAAGAUCGAACUCAACCCUGUUAGGAAGAACUUCUGGGUUGAACCACAAGAGCUUGCCCAGAUGACCGAGGAGGAGGUGGCCGAGCUGCGCAUGGAGCUGGACGGCAUUAAGGUCUCCGGGAAGAACGUGCCAAAGCCUGUGCAGAAGUGGUCUCAAUGCGGCCUGACUCGCCCCAUUCUCGACACGAUCGAGAAGCUCGGGUUUGAGAAGCCCACGCCUAUCCAGAUGCAAGCCUUGCCUGUCAUCAUGUCUGGCCGCGAUGUGAUUGGUGUCGCAAAAACUGGAUCAGGCAAGACCAUGGCGUUUGUUCUUCCCAUGCUCCGCCAUAUCAAAGAUCAGGAUCCAGUGAGUGGUGAUGACGGCCCGAUUGGUUUGAUCUUGACCCCCACCAGAGAGCUCUGCACACAGAUCUACACGGACUUGCUCCCUUUCACCAAGGUGUUGAAACUUCGUGCCGUGGCUGCUUAUGGUGGAAAUGCCAUCAAGGACCAAAUAGCGGAGCUGAAGCGUGGCGCCGAAAUCAUCGUUGCCACUCCGGGACGCAUGAUAGAUCUUCUUGCCGCCAACUCGGGCCGUGUGACGAACCUUAAGCGCGCCACAUACAUCGUGCUGGACGAGGCCGACCGCAUGUUCGACAUGGGGUUCGAACCCCAAGUCAUGAAGAUCUUUGCCAACGUCCGACCCGACAGGCAGACUAUUCUGUUCUCUGCAACGAUGCCCAGGAUCAUCGACGCGCUCACAAAGAAGGUUCUGCGGAAUCCCGUAGAGAUUACGGUCGGCGGGCGCAGUGUUGUAGCUCCCGAGAUCACACAGAUUGUCGAGGUCAUCGAGGAGAAUAAGAAAUUUGUGCGGCUGCUCGAGCUCCUUGGAGAACUGUAUGCCAACGACGACGAUGUUCGCGCCCUAAUCUUUGUCGAGCGGCAAGAGAAGGCUGACGACCUGCUGCGCGAGCUUCUGCGGCGUGGUUACGGUUGCAUGUCGAUCCACGGCGGCAAAGACCAGGAAGAUCGCAACUCAACCAUCUCGGACUUCAAGAAAGGCGUUUGUCCGAUUCUCAUUGCCACGUCAGUUGCUGCGCGCGGUCUCGAUGUUAAGCAGUUGAAGCUGGUCGUCAAUUAUGACGCUCCCAACCACCUUGAGGAUUAUGUGCACCGCGCGGGCCGCACUGGACGUGCCGGUAACACAGGUACAGCCGUUACCUUUAUCACCGAGGAACAGGAGAAUUGCGCUUCGUGCAUCGCGAAAGCGCUCGAGCAGAGUGGACAGCCGGUGCCUGAGCGUGUGGACGCCAUGCGCAAGUCCUGGCGUGAGAAGGUCAAGGCUGGCAAGGUUAAAGAAGCGUCAGGCUUUGGUGGCAAGGGUCUGGAGCGUCUCGACAAGGAUCGCGAGGCAGCCCGUCUGCGCGAACGCAAGUCGCACAAAGCUGAUGGUGAGGAUGACGACUUUGGCGACGAUAAGCCGGAGGAUGCCGUUAAGGACAGGGCGACCGCGGCUAUCGAGGCUGCCGCUUCGGCCAUUGUUGCUCGUGACGCACCGCGCGCAGAUAUCAAGGGCGACAUCAAGACGCCAAUCGUCACUGGCAAAGGUGGCGCUUUAGACAAGGCGGCGUCGGCCAUCAGCGAGAUCAACGCUCGCUUGGCCCGCGCUGGGCAACUGCGCGCUGGACAGCCGAUCGACAACAAAGGACCCGAUGCCGGCGCGUUCCACGCUACGCUCGAAAUUAACGACUUCCCACAAAAGGCACGCUGGGCGGUCACCAACCGCACCAACGUGGCCAAGAUCCUCGAGGCCACGGGCACCUCUAUCACGACCAAGGGCACGUACUACCCGCCAGGCAAAGAGCCCGCUCCCGGCGGCGAACCCAAGCUGUACAUCCUCAUCGAGGGCGAGACCGAGAUUGUGGUCAGCAAGGCACUGGCGGAACUCACUCGCCUGCUCAGGGAAGCCACAUUGGCUGCGGCAGAGAUCGAAAGUCGCGCGCCGGUCAGCGGCAGGUACACAAUCACAUGA